GUGUCAUUAGAGGGCAUCGCAAACGAUAUGUAUCCACAACUGGUAAAGAACAUUCACCAUCAUCAUGAAAUUCUCAGAUCUGUCUCCUUCUUGCAGGGAGUAAUGAAUGUAUCAAUCUUCAUUCUUCUUUUCGUCAACAUGGCGGACUUGUGUUCCUGUAUCUUUGUUUCCGCUGUGGUGUUGCAGAGAGACGGGCAUAUCACAAAGGCGCUGAAGCCACUGAUGACGAUCCCUCCUAUACUGUAUGAAACCGGCCUGUACUGCAUUGCCGGGCAGAUGUUAACUGAUCAGAGUGAGAAGCUAGUCAACUCGGCUGCCAGCUGUGGCUGGGCAGACGGCGACGCCCGCUUCAAGAGGAGCCUCCUCGUCUUCAUGACGGUGGCCGGGAGGCCUCUGGAGAUCACGGUCGGCAAGACGAGCAAGCUGUCUAAGGAGAUGCUAGUACAGGUGCUGAAUGGAACAUACGGCCUGUUGAACUUGCUGUAUCAUUUUCAUGGUACUCAGUGAAAUGACAUAAAACGGACAAGAUAUGAAAUCCAUACCACUGUAGAAAUGCC